GAGCAAGAAGCGAAAAAUCAUAAAAAGAAAACGAAAUAUUUAAGACGUGAAAACAUAUCAAGAAAUUAGCCAUUUGAAACGUAACCAGAUUAUGCGCAUAAAAAACCGAAAUUUUAAUGUCGCUUGUAAUAUGCCGUCAUGAAUGUAUGGUCGGUAAUUAGCUUCAAGUGAUGCCAUCCAUGCCUUGGCAUUGAUGGGUCACAUUUUUAUAUGAAAUAUGCAAACGAGUCAACGCGCCGUCGCCUGGGAAUUCGAAUCACUUCGUUUCAGUUUGCAAGCAAAAAAAUGCAGGAACACACGGACACGGGAUACAGACAACUGAUUCACAUAAGCAGAGGCACAGUUUUCUGCAUUAUAAAUUAAAUUCCCCAAGCUUAAAGUGUCAACGACGCGAGGCAACAACAACAACAACAACAACAACAACUGCUGGACUAUUAAAAGCUCUGCGCUCAGUGUGAACCAUAAGCGGAAAGACAAGCAAAGAGCUUUCAACCGUACUCUAAGUCACCCCCACAAAAUACCGCGUGUGUGUGUGUGUGUUCCAGUGAGUGUGCACAGGUAUGACCCUGCAACAGUAACAACUACAGCGGUCAUCCAAUUUAUGUUGCGGCCAAAGUUGUUGCUGGCUAAAAACUUAAAUGCCAGGACCAGUUGCCAGCUAGCCUCAAAUAGAUCACAAAUAAAACAUUUUCGAUGAGCACAGCAGCGGAGCAGCUGCUGCUGCGCCUGCAACAGCCAGCGUCAGGUGUAAUGCCCCCUUCUGCAUCCGGGGACUACGACUGGGCGCCCAUCAGUGACGACCAGUUUCUGGCCAGUGCAACGGGCCAACGCAUUGAGGAGACGGCGCGCUACGAUCUAACGGAUACAGUGGGCAGUACGUUGGCACCGGUGAUCUUGAAUGCGAGUCAGCGUUUACUUAACAGCAGCUAUGAGACGUACAACGAGAGCGCGGAGCCAGAUUGGACCCGCAUAUGUGAGCUGGUUUACAAUCCGCAGCUGGAGAAUAAUUGCAUCGAGUUUUGGGUAUGCGGCGUCAUACUCAACAUUGUUGGCGUCCUGGGCAUACUGGGCAAUGUGAUAUCGAUGAUAAUUCUAUCCCGUCCACAGAUGCGCUCCAGCAUUAACUAUUUGCUGACAGGCUUGGCGCGCUGUGACACGGUGCUAAUUAUUAGCUCCAUGCUGCUGUUUGGCAUACCCUCCAUAUAUCCCUACACGGGCCACUUUUUCGGCUACUACAACUUUGUGUAUCCGUUCAUAUCGCCGGCGAUGUUUCCCAUUGGCAUGAUUGCCCAGACGGCUAGCAUCUAUAUGACCUUUACCGUCACCCUGGAGCGCUAUGUGGCCGUAUGUCAUCCAUUGCGGGCUCGUGCUCUCUGCACCUAUGGACGUGCCAAGAUCUACUUUAUAGUGUGUGUCUGCUUUGCUCUCGCCUACAAUAUGCCGCGGUUUUGGGAAGUGCUGAAUGUUAGCUAUCAGCUGCCCAAUACAACAAUUGUGCUACACUGCGUAAGGCCGUCGGCACUCAGGCGAAACACGACCUAUAUAAAUAUAUACAUACACUGGUGCUACCUUAUUGUGAACAAUAUAAUACCUUUUCUCACGCUGGCCAUACUCAAUUGCCUGAUCUACAUGCAGGUGAAGCGAGCGAAUCGGGAACGCCAGCGACUCUCCAGGUCGGAGAAGCGUGAGAUUGGCCUGGCCACGAUGCUGUUGUGUGUAGUAAUUGUAUUCUUUAUGCUCAACUUCCUACCGCUGGUGCUGAACAUCUCGGAGGCAUUCUAUAGCGUCGUCGAUCACAAGCUGACAAAAGUCUCCAACCUCCUGAUUACGAUCAACAGCAGUGUCAACUUUCUCAUUUACAUCAUAUUCGGCGAGAAGUUCAAGCGCAUUUUUUUACUCAUUUUUUUCAAGCGGCGCCUGAGUCGUGACCAGCCGGAUCUUAUACAUUACGAGAGCUCAAUUUCGAACAACGGCGACGGCACCAUGAACCAUCGCUCAUCCGGCCGCUUCUCACGACACGGCACGCAGCGCAGCACCACGACAACCUACCUAGUCACCACCGGAGGCAGUAGCUCACUGAACAGCGUACGGCUCACCCAAGUCUCCGGGUCGCCCGGCCUCCUCCAGAUCAAACGGAACCGAGCACCAUCGCCCGGUCCAGUCGUCUAUUAUCCAGGUCCACGCGAACUGCAACGCUCCGUCUCCACCACGAACUCGACGACAAAUAAUAAUACGGCCUUGGGCUACGACUGGACCGUUGAUGGCAAGAAGCUUGGCCACGUAUCCUCGGUCUUUUAAACUAUACAUAGUAGUGUACAUAAUGUAGAUGCCAGUCUCCUAGUCAUUUAUAUGAAUAUAUAUAUAUAAACUUACUAUAUAUAAACUAAGCGCGCCAAGCGUCGCGUUCUUUUGUGAUAAGCGUUAUGUGUUUCUAUAUUCUUCUCCGUACUCCAAGUUCUUUAAGACACCACAAAAUUAAAAGUACAGCAAAAAUUUGAAAAACACGACAAAAAUACUUCGAACAGUUCAGAAAUCGUUAGCCAACAUUUAUUUCUUUCACUUCAUUGGGUCGAAUAUAUGUUCGUAGCAGUUCUAUAAAAGAAAGACGGGCUUCAGGUGGACACAUUUAGACUAGUCUGAACAUGAGUAAGUAGUUGGCGACUCAAUAGGUGUACGAAUAACAUAUAAGAUGUGGGGAUAUCGACUACUUAAUAAUCGUUCACAGUCCAGCAACAACUAAAGACAGUCUAACAAGCAAAUCUACUACAAAUUUUAAUGAUUAUAAGAGGCUUUAUUCAGAUAAGCAGUCCCAUCUAUCUCUAGAGAGCUUAGAAGUCUUUUCACAAUUUAAUAAUGCGGACACCUCUGUAAGUAUUGUAUGACAGAACCGGCAAGAGUACGACCUAUUUUCUAUACAUCAAAAUAUUUACUGAGUUUGGAUGAUGACAACAAAUUGUGUAUCACA